UCAAGAAUGAUGCUGCCUCUAGGGCCGCCCCUCGGCGCAAGGGCCGAGCAUCCUAUUCUCUCUUCCCCACUCCUGCAGCCAAUUGAGCUGCAAUCAACCUGACGACAACUUGCAUCCAUCACAGACCCCUUGUUCUCAGCAUUCUGCAACAUUCCGUUUCUCAUCCGUUCACUUAUAGAACUUCUUCAACGACUUGAUGAUUCUUUAUUUUUUCCCUCAUUGUGGUGGCUUGCGUUUCGAUUUCUCUGCGAUGAAUGUUAUCUAUUGAACCGUCAUUCGGUCCCAAUCUUGCGGGCUAUGCGCUUAUGUUUUCUUUGUUAUUUCCUCAGAUUUUCUUCACUUGCAUUUCCUGGUGCAUUUCUCAGCGACUGUUUUCCUCGGGAAGAAAAAAUCUUGGGUGUUUUUCUGGCAAUGGAGGAUUUGGAAAGGACAGUGAACGGGGUUUCAGUCGGAGAACAUUCUUUCGGAUUUAUAUUUUUCAUUUUGUUGGUCUCGGUUUUUGUCUGGGUAGCUGCUGCGAUUGCAGUAGCACUUGUGUUGUUCAACAUCCAUUGUCGAUUUAGGUCUGUGUCAGUAUAUAGAUAGAGCAGGAAGGGAUA